AGAUAUAGAAGUAGAUAUCCACGUACAUUUAAUGUACAACCGACAGCAGUCUUUCGCCAGCAUAACUUUUGUCUCACCAUUCCUCGUCUUUUUCCCCCUCUAGCAUAGCUUCCCCGACAUCUUUUUUUGCAGCAUACUACAAUUUAGUACGUCGUUCACCAACAUCGCCUCCUCUUCAUCUUUCUGUAACCGCAUUCAUCAGCAUAUCUUCAUUUUAUCCCCUUCCAUCUUUCGCCAGCAUAUGCUCAUCUUCCUGUUCCGGUCACUUCUUACGGCAGUUUCUUUUACCAGCAGAGCUUCAGCUUCAACUUUUGGUAUUUUCUGUCGCCAGUAUAGGUACUGCUUGUUUUGCCAGCAGGCCAUUCUCUUUACUUUUCAGCAUCUUUCACCAGCAGCGCUUCCACCACCACCUUUUGCUAGCAUAGCACAGAUUCCUCUCCAUCUUUUUUGCACCUUCUUUCGCCAGGAUAGUACUUCUUUGGCCGGGACGUCUUCCUAUUCAUCUUUUGGCAGCUUCUUUUGCCAGCAUAGCUUCCACUUAAACUUUUGGUAUCUUAUUUCGCCAGCAUAUUGUCUAUAUUUUUCCUCAUAUGAUUGUUUGUUUUAGUUGAAUUUCAUCUUGAUUUAAAAACAAAAAAUGAACCAGUGAGGAAGAGUUGUAAUGAUUCUUCUCUUGAGCAGGAAUGCCCCUGUAGCAAGUAACCAACAUGUCCUCCCAGGAGGAGACUUGGCAGGCGUCAUCUUCUUCAUCUCCUUCUCUCCCGCCUCCUCCUGCGCCUCCUCCGCCUUCCUGUCACUUCGUCGGGAAACGUGACGACAUCAUCAGACGCGGCCGCUUGACCAAGCUGCUGAACGGAUGCCGAGACGUACUGGUCCUGUACCACCAGGGGAAGUUCCAUGCCAUGGACGUGCGCUGUUACCGCGGCGCUUUAGAGCACGGAGAUAUUGAGUUUUGUAUACAUCAGGAGUUCAACGGGCGCGUGUGCAUCGUGUGUCCGUGGCACAAGUACAAGAUCACGCUGGUGGAAGGCGAGGGGCUCUACCAAGCCGUGGACAACCCCACCAUCAAACCUCUAAGAACUCACUGGCGCUCCAAGGGUGUCAAACAGAGGGUCCACAAAGUCACUGAAGUGAACGAGGACAUUUACGUCACACUGAACGACUCGGAAGAGGCCAUCGAGUCCGAUUACUACCAGACUGACAAACACAGGACCAACUUGCGCAUAAAAAAAGUCCACUGAGAAGAGAAUAAUGGCUUGUUUUCCAUGGACAGUAUAUUUCUUCGGUGUACAUGUAAUAUGUGUCGCAUAUUGUGUCCCUCUAGUGGCUGUGAAGCGAUACAAUUUAAUCAAGUCAAAUAAUUACACGGAUAAUGAAAUGUAUGAAUCGGUUAUGCAAAAAAAAAAGAAUGUAUUUCCCAUGUUUAAUUGUGCCUUCAUUUAAUUUUGGCACAAACAAUCCUCCAUCAUAAAUAAUUUACGGCAAUUCCAUUAAAAAAUUAAAACGGUCACAGAACAUGUAUAUUGUAAGGAAAUAUAUAUUUUUAAAUAGGUUCAAGAUAGUCAUUGAUAGUUUAAUUAAAUAAUAGAAUUUAAUAAAUGAUUGUGUAUUUAAUUGGCUUUAUAUUUGUUUAGUUUUAAAUGAAUAAAAAUACCAUUAAAUAAAAAGGUCCUGAUUAUCAUUUACAUUUAAUAUAAAAUGUAUGAUUAUAUAUCACAACUUAAUUGAUGGACACUUAGAUUUCACAUUUUAAUGAAUUUAUAGUUUAUCUAUUUCAUGUGCUUCAUGAUGAAUAGGUUCAAUAUUAACGAUUUAUGAUUAUAUUCCACAUUCCAAUAAAUAUAUUUGUAUUUUAACUAUGCAACUCCAUUUUUGAACAAGCGACAAUGAAUAAAAUUGACAUUGAAUAUUUCAAAUUUCAAUUAAAUUAAUAUACUCUUUGAUAUUUAAAAAGGUAUUGAAAUGUGUAAAUCUGUCAUGAAAUGAUUAUUCAAUCAAAUGUUUAGGAUUUUGUUGCAAAUUAAUGAAUGGACAAUUUAAUACGUUACUUCACAUUUGAAUGUGUCCAUUCAUUCAUACUUUGAUGAUCUAUUUCGUUGUCAUGUCAAGUUUAUUUUUUAUAGCCUAUAAAAAGAAAGCAUUGCC